GUAAAAAGUUGUUUAAAAUGUGUGGUCCUUUCUGAGUCUGACAACUUUGAUUGACCGAGUUUGAACAAAGUAUUUUAUACAUUUUUUUUGCGACGAAUUGCUUAUUUAUAUACGUAACAUUUUUACGGUAACACUUUGUAUCAGAAAGCGAUAUAAGAUAUGAUUUUUCAAAUUUUCGUGGUGUGUGCUAUAUUUCAACAAGCGUUUGGUCAUGGCUGGAUGAGGGAACCAGUCAGUCGUUCAAGCGCCUGGAGACUCGGAUUUCCAACUCCAAGGAAUUUCAAUGACGACAAUUUAGCUUGUGGUGGAUUUUUAGCCAUGAUGAGUUAUGGCGGGAAAUGUGGAAUAUGUGGCGACCCCUGGGUGAGUGAAAACGCCAUACGUGACAACGAGGCUGGCGGGAAGUAUGCGACAGGCACUAUCGUCAAAUCAUACACAAUGGGAGAAACAAUCAAUAUUAAGAUUAACCUCAUUGCUAACCAUGGUGGAUGGAUGGAAUUCAGGAUUUGCCCAAACAAUGACGUCAGAAAACGCGUCACUAAGGAAUGUCUUGAACGGCACGUGCUUCAAAGAGCAGACGGCACUGGAACAAAGACAAUAAUCAAUGACAGACGCACUGGUGUAUGGACAAUGGCUUAUAAGCUACCAGAAAAUAUGGUGUCUUCACAAUGUGUUAUACAAUGGAAGUAUCACACAGGUAGCUCGUAUGGUAUGGACAAAGACACAGGGAAAUAUUGUAGCGGUUGCGGCGACCAAGAAGAAUUCUACGGAUGUGCAGACGUUGCUAUAGUGCCAAACCAACAGAUUGUUAACCGUGUUGAAUGUAAAGCAAUAAAUGACUGGGCAGGAAAUUCAUAUUUUGAUAGAAUUUGUGCGGACUCGUGCGCACGAGGAAAUUGUCCUUCUGAAUCUUGCAAGUGCGUCUUGGUUCAAAAGAUAGUCACCCCGUCUACUUCAACCCCAACCACUGUAAAGGCGGUGACACAUGCCAGGAAAAUAUGCCGUGCCAUAGGCUCUUUUGCUGGAAAUGAUGUUUUUGAUAUUUGGUGCACGAAUGAAUGCAAUGGAGGAGUGUGUCCAAAAGCAAAUUGUGAAUGCACCGAAGCUGUAGAUCAGCCAACCACUUCAACAACAACUAGAAAACCGGAUGUGACGUCAUUAGGCAAAUGCGGUGCAAAUGGAUCAGUCGGAAGUGGAGAUCGAAGAUAUUGGGAUAAAUGGUGCCAAGGUUCAUGUGACAGAGGCAUUUGUGAAAGAACAUACUGUACAUGUGCUUCAAUAAUAGAUCAGGGUUUUAUUGUGGGAAAACGUUAAAUAAUUCUGUUAAAC